ACAGAACUUCCUCGGCAGUACAAGACAACAAGUAGUGUUGUAGUGUGUAUAGUCUUGCUGACUGCGACCUAUGAGUAGUUUUGUGAAUAUUUCCUGGAGCAGUGACCAUGACGGAGUUUCGAGAUUCGUUCUUUAGCGUUCACGGAUUUGAAGAACUGAGACGGUACAUGAAAACAGGGACAGAUUUUUGUAAAGAAGUUGCCUCAAUAUUCCAAGAACGAGCUGACAUAGAAUCUACUUAUGGUAAAAAGUUAUUACUAUUAGCAAAUAGAGGAAAAAAACAGACAAACAACUGUAUUGGAUCUUUAGCUGUAGCCUGGUCUGCCACCAGUUCUCACUUAGAGACAGAAGCUCAAUUGCACAGCAACUUAGGCCAGUCACUGAAAGAUGAAGUUUUUAAACAGAUGAAAAUAUUCAAUGAUGAACAAAGCAAAGCCAAGAAAGAUGUUGAACAUGGCGUGGAGAAAUCCAGCAAAUUUCUACAUGAGAAAAAACAGGAACUCACUAAGAUUAAAAAAAUUGCUCACACGAAAGCAAAGGAAACAGAGACGUUGAAUGACCAAAUGGAAAAAUCACAAUCAGGAUCAAGCAAGAAAAGCAUGUCUGAUAAAGAUCUUGGUAAAUUGCAAAACAAAAUAAAAAAAUCAGAAGAGUCAUCACUAAAAGCCGACAUGGAUUACAUUGGACUUACAAAACAAGUGGAGGAAGCCAGACAUGAUUUGGAGAAACACAUGAGGAGAUACGCAAUGCAAAUGCAGUCACAAGAAGACCAACGAUUACGACACUUACAUGAAAUGUUAACAAAAUAUAAUAGUCUUAUGUCACAUGUUGGACCCAAACUCACAGAGUCUUGUGCUGGGAUUGCAAGGGGUGUGUCUCAGAUGAAUGUGCAAUCUGACAUCCUUGUUAUUGUGGCCGAAAAAGGAACUGGAGCCGUUACGUCUGGACAGUUUUUAUAUGACUGUUUUGAAGCUGACCUUAGUAAUAAAAUGAAGCCAGAAAGAAGACAAAUGGGUUUGGAGAAAAAGAUUCAACUGCUUGCAGUGGAAAUUGAAAAACAGAAGAAAGGGAAAGAAGGUAUUGAAAGUUUAGGUGAUACUUACAAAGCUAAUCCAGCAUACACUAAUGCCGCUGGUGCCGAGGACACAGAGUUACAAAUACAGCAGGCAUCGGCAAUGAUUGACACAUUGACUGCAUGUCAGUACCAAUUACAGUGUUCCUUGGCAUUGAUGGAUAAAAGAGCAAAACCAGAAAGCAGACUCAGUUCCUAUAUCACAAGUUAUAAAGACAAAUCUGGGCUUCAACAGAGUGUGUUGAAUAUCCCCAUUACUGGGGGUGCCUGUGGUGGUAGCGGUGAUAUGGCAGCAUAUAGACCUGAAGCUGAAGGGGCAAAUAAUGCUUCAAGUCAUUAUACUCCUUAUGAAAAAGAUGAAUUUGAUGAGACCAUUUGUCGAUGUCAGGCUCUAUAUGAUUACACUCCUAAUGAUAGUGAUGAGAUUGCUAUAAUGGAAGGUGACAUAAUCAACGUUUAUGAAAAACAAACUGGUGGAUGGUGGCGUGGUGAACUCAAUGGUGCUGUCGGGAUAUUCCCCGAAACCUAUGUUAAAGAGAUCUGAAACUUCCAUGAUCAGAUCGUGCAACUAUUCAGCCUAUGCAGUCAGAUAACUCACCUGGUGUGGUGUAUACCAUAAUAUUUUGCACAGUAGCAUGAGUAUUCAGACAGGUAUCAUAGUUUGUAUACAUUAAUCUACCGGCAAUCAUAAUGUAAUUACCGGGUAAACUGUUUUUCCAAAACAGAAAUAUGUGAUUUCUAAAUUAUUACCAGUAAGGUAGACAUCCUGAAGCCAAAUUGUUCUGACUAUUUCUGCAAUAUGUUUGCAUC